AUUAUUGUACAAUCAUUUUGCAAUCGGGUUGCUAAGAGCGUGCGGUGCCCAACAAGCCUCGAAGCAUUCUCCCUUUGUUAAGCUCGAUGCCGAUAUAAUAGAGAUCUUCGGGAAGUUUUGCCUAGUCCAAGAACAUAUUACUAACUGCUCCUUUAACUGUCAAUUAUGAACCCUACAGCGCCACUGCUAGCAGGUGAACAAGAGGCAUUGGAUGCCACUGCUCAAUGGUAUCUGGAAAGAAUAUAUUCUGAUAUCAAUAGUAUAUGGAAGCACAAAUGUGAAUUUCCAGGCACCUUUUUUCUUCCAAGUUCAUUCAACGACACUGAACUAUUUGUCGAAGAUGCACGGAGACGCUGUACAGAGGCUGAAUCGAUGCUAGGUAUAGCCCUACUUCAUAUCUUGUUGUAUUCACAGACGUUUUCGGAGGUAGUCGCGUCGGAACAACCCUACAGUGAGCAUCUUUGGGUGCAGAUUCUGAGGAGGGUGAAGGAAAAUGAGCUCAGUCUUGGGCAUUUUGCAGUCACACGGAGCAGCACGUGGUUUGAUAACUACCCCAUGGAUAAAGAUCCACCACAAAUUCCAGAGAACUGGACUUGCCCACCCAUAAACCACCCUCACGAAGUGUACCGGGCUGAGGAUGGGACCAUAAAACGCUCUGUCUUCCAGUCGGACUUCAAUUCAUAUCAUCCGAUGAACAACAUCACCGAAAACAUCUACAAUCCAGAACACUGGAGCCGUCAUGUUGAGAAGCCAAAAAACUGGCCACGGUGGCAACCGUUCCCAGGAGAUCCAUCUACUUGUCCACCCGACGGAUAUGGGCCAUAUGCGCGGUGUCACGGAGGUUGCAAACAGCGGACUGGCACCAAAAACUCAAGAUGCGCCUGCAUAGCGGACAAGACAUACAAGCACGCCCUUGUGGAAGUUAUACAAAUGGUGUCCUGGAGGCCGGGCGAGCUCAACCGAGGGGUUCGAGCACUGGCACGGAUCAAUAAAGAUGAUUAUAUAGGUGAAUAUUGCGGAGAGUACAUCCCGUACGACCACAACGAUCUCCCACGUUUUGGCGAUUCGACGUAUGCCUUUGAGUGGGAACCAACCCCGAAAUUUGAUCGCCGAACUGGCCUUGAGGUGGAAAAGGAAGACGAAACAGAGGACGACGAACCGACUGCGACGCUGAUCGGGGGCAGGAAUGGAAACUGGGCGAAGUUUAUCAACCACACGGAGGAAGGAAGGCAUAAUGUGGAGUUCAGAUCGUUGGCCAUUGGGGGCAAGAUGAGACUCGUGGUCCAAGCUAUAAGAGAUAUUGCUGCGGGGGAAGAGCUGAAGUCCACCUACGGUGAUCUUCAUUUCACUCGUCGUUCAUCACGCAUCCAAAAGCUCAAAAGGCAAACCCGUACAGUAUAUUCUCGGAAACCAAAACGUCGAAGAACCAGAUAUUGA